AUGAGCGCUGAGAACUUUAGUUGCACGGACUUGGCAGCUCUCGUUAAUCGGCUGAACUUCUUGAGAAAGGUGCUCCAAAAUGUUGAAGACAUAGGAUGGAGUUUAUAAUUGUGUGCACUUUGAAGAAAGUGGUUGAUUCGUGAUGUUUUUUUGAACAAGAAUAGCUAAUUAGAAAAAAAAAAGUGCAUGCAUAGAAAUUUGCACCUUCUGCACUUUACAAACGUUUGUUCAAAAUAGAAGAUUGUCUAACAACUACUGUUUAUUAUCCUAAUUAGCUCUGAAGAUCUUUGGUGGCUUACACUUUCUAUUUCCAUAAUUAUUUCGUCCCUAAUUUCGUGCCAUAUUUUCCAAUUUUGAAAAGGUUUUGCAGACGGAUGACUCUGUUAUUUUGGAGCUGAAUGACGCGCUUCCGACGAAAUCUUUCGAUGCGAACAGCCAGAUUUGCAAAAACCAUUGUAGCCGUUUCACAGAAGUUGUCAGUACUUUAGGCUAUUAAUUUUUUUAAACCUCAUAACUUUCGCCUUUUUCAAAAAUAUAUCAUCAAAUUUUCAAACUGCUUUGGCCACAAAGUCGUUUUUUAUGGGAAAGAAACAAAUGGAAGGCUCACACGCAAGUAAAUGAACCAGACAUUUACACUUUCUGUUCGAAAAGGCAAUCAAAUAGGAUAUUUUACUCGCUUCAAAAAAAAAAAAGAACUUGAUUCGAAGAAUAUACAUACUUUACAGUUAACUAAGUUGGCGACGGAGCGAAUGCAGUUGCUGGAGAAAUGUAUCGAGGAAAACGAGAGGAAAGCCGCCCAAGUCCAAGGCGUCGAGGCCCAAAUUCUACGCGGAGCAGUGAGUCUUUUUCAGUGGAGUUGAUUGAGAACUUGGAAAGUAGUCAUGAAGUUAUUAGUGUACCUCGAAAAUAAUCUUACGGCUUUUCGAAUCCUUUUUCCAAUUUUUUAAUACACCCAAGCGAUAUAUUUUUUUUCUCGUAUUUUGUCAUUUUUCCGGUUUAGUACAUCGAGAAGUACAACUAGUCACUAGGAUGGUUCCAAUUCCUUUCUUUCUCAAAUAAAACAGUCAUGAUUUUUUCUGAUUUAUCCUUCUCAGAAAUUAACUCGGAUGUCGUGCUCGGAGUAAUUCCGCGAUAUUCGAAAUGGUCUCUAUACAAUUUAGUCAUCCUUUUCUUUUUCACGCUUUCUACUCUUACGACUACACGCUAGGACUUCUAGUUCGCCAAAGGCGGUUGUUCGUUAUAGCUUAAGCAGUUCUUGUUCACCGCCUAGUCGAUUGCAUCAGACUAAAACAACAAAAAUAAAUGAUUUGAUUUGAUUUUUUCGACGGCUGUUUUAAAUUUCGCGGAAUCACUUUGAACACGGCAGAUGGUUUUUAUCAAUUUGAGUUCAUCAAAAAUGACGUUUCCUUUUUCCUCUACUUCUCAAUUUUGAUGACGUUGUGAAGCUGCAAAAGUUUGCAAGUCGGCAUUUGCACUCAAUUAAAUUAAUAAUAAUUGAAUUGAGAGCCGACAGCUGCGGUUCGAACGCGACGUGGAAGAAGUCGUGACGGAGAGAAGUUCGCAGGCCGUCAAAGACCGCUGCUCGAAAAUCUUGUGA